AUGUUACGACAAGCUGCAAAGAGAGGAGUUACCGAGCUUGCUCAGUAUCCAAAGCCAGGCGAAAAACUUCAUGGAUUCACACUCUUAAGAUCAAAACAUGUUCAAGAGCUUGAGUUGACAGCACUUCACCUGAAGCAUGAUAAAACUGGCGCGGACUAUUUACAUGUUGCCAGAGAAGAUAAGAAUAAUGUUUUCUCUAUUGGAUUCAAAACAAAUCCUCCAGAUGAUACUGGAGUUCCUCAUAUUCUGGAACAUACAACAUUAUGUGGAAGCAAAAAGUACCCCAUCCGUGAUCCCUUUUUCAAAAUGCUACCCCGAACAUUGUCCAAUUUUAUGAAUGCAUUCACCGCGUCUUCUCACACAUUUUAUCCUUUCGCCACCACCAAUGAGCAAGACUUCAAAAAUCUCAUGUCUGUUUACCUCGAUGCAACUUUACAUCCAUUAUUGAAGCAGAGCGACUUCACACAAGAAGGAUGGAGAAUAGGACCCGAGAACCCACGAGUGGCAAUAGAGGGGGAAUCUGCGAAACCUGAAGACAGCAAAUUGGUGUUCAAAGGUGUUGUGUACAACGAGAUGAAGGGACAGAUGUCGGACGCUGGAUAUCUCUACUACAUCAGGUUCCAAGAUCACAUUUUCCCUGCCAUUAAUAAUUCAGGAGGAGAUCCACAAAAGAUGACCGAGUUGACGUAUGAGCAAUUGAAAAACUAUCACGCCGAGCAUUACCACCCAAGUAAUGCUAAAGUUUUUACAUAUGGUGAUAUGCCUCUAGCAGAUCAUCUUCUAGAGGUCAACGCUCAACUGAAUGCCUUUGAGCGUAUCAAUGGAGAUAUGGAAAUACGAAAGCCUAUUGAUUUAUCAUCUGGUCCACAAAGUAACACCGUUCCUGGGCCUAUUGACCCGUUGGUGGAUGCAGAUAUGCAAUUUAAAACCUCAACUUCAUGGCUGGUAGGUGAUACUACGGAUGUAUUAGAGACUUUCUCUCUUUCGAUAAUGUUUGCCCUACUUAUGGAUGGAUAUGGAUCUCCACUCUAUAGAAACUUGAUCGAAGCCGGAUUGGGAACAGAAUGGAGCCCAAAUAGCGGCUAUGAUCCUUCUGGAGGAGUAGGAAUAUUUUCUGUUGGAUUGACCGGCGUUAAGGAAGCCGAUGUACCCAAAGUCAAGGAGGCAAUCCACAAGACUUUCCAAGAAGCACAUAAGAGCGGGUUCGAGAGGUCAAAAAUUGAUGGUUAUAUGCAUCAAUUGGAGUUGAGCUUGAAGCACAAAACUGCCAAGUUUGGCAUGUCAUUAAUGCAAAGAAUCAAACCUAAAUGGUUUGAUGGUGCUGAUCCUUUUGAAGCGCUAGCGUGGAACGACACCGUCGCCGCAUUUCAAAAGGAGUUUGAGAAAGGUGGUUACUUGGAGGGCUUGCUGGAAAAGUACUUACUUAACGACAAUACACUUACGUUCACAAUGACUCCUUCGACAACUUACGGAGAUGAGCUUGUAGCUGAAGAAGCCACUCGUCUUGCAAAAAAGAUUGCAGAGGUUACCAAGAAGGCUGGUGGUGAAGCCGAAGCUCGCGCGCAGCUGGAGAAGAGGGAACUGGAACUUUUGGAAGAACAGGGAAAAUCUAACACUCAAGAUCUCAGUUGUCUUCCCACUGUUUAUGUCAAGGAUAUCCCAAGACAAGACGAGAAAAUCGAGUUUAGGGAUUCUAAAGUCGAUAAUGUGAACGUACAAUGGCGAGAAGCACCGACUAAUGGACUGACUUACUUCCGAGCCAUCAAUACUUUCGAAAAUUUACCAGAGGAACUGCGAGCAUAUAUUCCACUGUUCACAGACUCGAUAAUGCGCCUUGGGACAAAGGACAUGACUAUGGAGCAAUUGGAAGAUUUGAUGAAACUCAAGACUGGAGGUGUCGGUGUUGGUUACCAUGCUUCCUCGUCACCUACAGAUUUCAAAUCAGCGUCUGAGGGCUUGAGCUUUUCCGGGACUGCCUUGGAUCGCAACGUACCUGACAUGUUUGGAUUGUUGCGAAAACUAGUUCUUGAAACCGAUUUUGACAGCGUCGAUGCCGAACUUCGCAUUCGCCAGCUUUUGCAAGGUUCGGCAGAUGGUGCAGUCAACAAUAUCGCUUCAUCGGGGCAUGUAUACGCCAGAGGUUAUGCUGAAGCUGGUGUGACACGAUAUGGGCGGUUGAUGGAACAAGUGGGAGGAUUAUCUCAAGUCAAGCUCAUCACCUCUCUUGCUUCAAGACCGGAGGCCGAAGGACUAGCUGACGUUAUCGACAAACUCAAAACAAUUCAACGACUCGCAUUCUCUGGAUCAUCCACCUUCCGAACUGCCCUCACGUGUGGCAGUGAAAGUGUCACGGGCAACGAAGCCGCGCUUCAAAAAUUCUUAUCAUCAAUUCCAAGAUCUGAAUUACCGUCUCGGCACGUUCCUCCCCCAGAUUUCACCAGAAACACCAAAACAUUUUUCCCUUUGCCAUAUCAAGUAUACUAUGGCGGGCUUGCUCUUCCUACUGUCUCAUACACUUCUCCUGCUGGAGCUCCUCUUCAAAUACUUUCCCAGCUUUUAACUCAUAAGCAUCUACACCAUGAGAUCCGCGAAAAGGGUGGGGCUUAUGGUGGAGGAGCUUACUCGCGGGGACUUGAUGGAAUCUUUGGAUUUUACUCCUAUCGUGAUCCAAACCCUCAAAAUACGAUGUCGAUUAUGAGCAACGCUGGUAAAUGGGCAGUUCAAAAAGAGUGGGCGGAACGAGACCUCGAAGAAGCCAAGUUGUCUGUAUUCCAAAGUGUCGACGCACCUCAAUCAGUCAGUCAAGAGGGCAUGUCGAGAUUCGUAUCCGGUGUAUCUGAAGAGAUGGUUCAAGAACGACGUGAGCGCUUGUUAGACGUGACGAAAGAGCAAGUCCAGACUGUUGCGCAGAAAUACCUCGUUGAUGCAUUAGAGAACAAUCAAGGUAAUAUGGUUUUCCUCGGCGAACAAAAACCAUGGGUCGAUGGCAGUUGGGAAACCAAGAACUUGGGGCUCGCCCAAGAACAACCCGAGGUCAUGGACGAAGAAGACGUCAAGAACGCCGCUUUCGGAUCAUAG